AUGACGAGUUUGAUAGCGAUCAAGGACGAGCUUAAGGAUAAGGUUGCGCAGGCGAUGAAAAUGGUGGACACAGCGAAGGAGGCGGUACAGAAGUCGCCCAUGGAUGACGAGGUUGAUCGGCUGGCCAAGAUGCUCUUCGCCGAGGAAGACAUUCCCAAUACUCUCGAGGAUAUUUUCAUGGGAAUGGGGCAGGAAAAAGACCUCAAACCAGUUGGCACGGAGCCUAACAUUUUUCCGACAAUCUACUGCAACCUGGAUCGCUUCAAGCCGGGGAAAAAGAAAUUGACGCUCCAUGGAUACGAAACAAUAGUUUAUGAUUCAGUCAACAAAGCCGAAUUCAAAGAAGGAUCCAAGUCGAAAUAUGAAGGCUGCCGCUUGGGAACUGUCAUGGCCUUCACUUCGACAUUUGGGAAUCCUAAUCAUAGGCACUCUAUCCAACUCUGCCCGUGGUACUUGGCUGUGUCGGGAUACACCGAUUUCGAGAAGGAUGUCGACAGUAAACUGCUAGGUAAGCUGAACAAGGGCAAAUUGCCUACGAAGCUUCCCGAUUCCACGCCCAUCGACAGCUUGGAGUACUUCUUGCAUGUCAUCAUUCAUGAGUUUUCUCACACGGAAGCCGCUAAGAAAUUGUCAACAAACACACCCGCAAAGGACUUGGUAUACGAAUGGAAGGACUGCGUGGAACUUUCGGGAACCGGCCGAGGCUGUGACAAUGCCGGAUCACGAAGGAUGGAGAGUUUGAAGCGAUUAAAUGAGGAUGAAUGGCGAAAAGGUGGUGGCAUUCGUGGUGCUAUUGAGGAGAAGAGAAAGAGAUGGAAGCGCGGCAACCUGGAUGCCGAGGCCGCUGGUACUUCAGGCGCCAACGCCUCAACAAAUAUAUGA